CGACCGACGGUGCCCGACGGCCUGUGAUGUACGCGGUCGAGAGGACGGCCGAGGGAGCGGAUUGGAGCGGAAGCGCGGUAGGAGAAUUUCUUCGGGGUGUAACUUUCGGGAGAAGGGACAGCCCCAGGCAGAGAACGAGCGUUAUUGAUGGCAGCGUGGGUGUGAGUUCCGAUCGCGCGCAAUAAUUACUUCUUUCCGCGAUUAUUGCGCGGUCAGUGCGGAUUAUAGUUAUCGUGUCGCGCGUCAGCGAUACGUUCAAGGUCACCGGCGUGAGACAUAACACAAACGCGCGAGGAGGAGAGCUGCGAGCGGAGCUGUGCGGUAGCGGCGGCGACGGCGACGGCGACCGCGACGGCGACGGCGACCGCGACGGCGACGACGGCGGCGACCGCGACGGCAAUUACGCCUAUGUAAUUGCGUCGUAUAACGUCUUCGCCGAAAAAGUCUUUCGGUUGACAAGUAGAACGAGUAAAGAAACGAGGCAUAGCAGAAAGAUUACGAUUAUCGGACAAAAUGGCGCUGUGGUUGAAAGCACAGCAGCUGUCGCAAGAUUCGUUGCAAAAAGUGCGCGAUAUAUAUGGAGAACACUUCCCAAUUGAAGUGAGACAUUUCUUGUCAUCAUGGCUGGAAGAGAAGAUGUGGAACAACAUAGACACGGAUAAUCCGCAGUUUGAGCACUAUGUAAACAAUUUUGUUGCAUCCCUGAUACACGAGUUGGAAUUGAAAGCAAACAGUCUAAACACGGAAGAUAUGUUUGUAACAAAAAUGAAAUUGGUAGAGGCUGCUAAUAUGUUUCGACAAAGAUACAGUGAAAAUCCAAUGAUACUAUAUAAAAUAAUCAGACAUUGUUUGGGCACCGAAAUGAAAUUGGUGGCAGAAGCUGAACAUUUAGGAGGUUUAAUAACUGGUGACAGGGUCAGUUUGAUGAUAGGUGAUACUGUUACGGAAAUAGCUCAUCAGGUUGAUAUAUUGCGGCGAAAAACAUAUGAGACCGGGGAGGACUUGCGAAAGAUUGAACAGGAACAAGAGGCUUUUGCUCUUAGUUAUCACGAGUGUACAAAGCUAAAUGCUCACUUACAACAUGUCAGUAUGCAAGUACAGAAUCAACAAAAUAUGGAGUUAGAAAAAAAAAUUAGAAGCAUAAGUAUUUAUCAUAGGCAAAAGGAACAGCAGGAUCUGUUACUGAGUCAAAAAGUAAACGGUGUAGUUCGCUUACGUUUAAUGCUCAUGGAGAAACUGGAGGAUAUUAUUAAGAAAUUGAAUACUUUGCAAUCAAGAAUUCUUGAUGACGAACUUAUAAGAUGGAAGAGAGAUCAACAGUUAGCUGGCAAUGGCGCAAAUUUUGCAUCCAACAAUUUGGACUCCAUUCAGGAAUGGUGCGAGAGUCUUGCCGAGUUGAUCUGGCAAACUCGGCAACAAAUUAAGGAAGCUGAACGUUUAAAGCAAAAAUUCCAAUGCGAACCACCAGGCAUCCGAGAUACUCUUCCGAGUUUGAACACUCAGAUUACACAAUUUCUCAGUUCACUUGUUACGAGCACCUUCAUUAUUGAGAAACAACCGCCGCAAGUCAUGAAGACUAACACUCGUUUUACAAGUACGGUUCGUCUUCUUGUCGGGGGCAAAUUGAACGUUCAUAUGACACCGCCGCAAGUAAAAGUAAGCAUAAUUAGCGAGACACAAGCAAACGCCUUGUUAAAGAGCGAGAAAAUGGCCAAGUGCGGCGAGGUCAGUGGCGAAAUUUUAAAUAACACAGGCACAAUGGAAUAUCAUCAGGCUACAAGGCAACUUUCGGUAAGUUUCCGCAAUAUGCAGUUGAAGAAGAUUAAGCGUACGGAGAAGAAGGGUACAGAAUCUGUGAUGGACGAGAAAUUUUCGUUGCUGUUCCAAUCGCAAUUCUGUGUUGGUGGAGGCGAGUUAGUGUUCCAAGUUUGGACUCUGAGCUUGCCUGUUGUCGUGAUAGUACAUGGUAAUCAAGAGCCACAUGCAUGGGCCACAGUUACUUGGGAUAACGCGUUUGCAGAACCCGGUAGGCAACCGUUUCAAGUGCCGGAGAAAGUGCCAUGGUGCCAAGUAGCGGAAGCGUUAAAUAUGAAAUUUCGCUCCGCGACCGGUCAUCCUUUGACCGAAGACAAUCUUCGAUUUCUUGCGGAGAAAGCAUUCCGAAGCAAUGGCAAUACAGUCGGUCAAGAUUACUCGAACCUGCCGCUAAGCUGGGCGCAGUUUUGCAAAGAACCGUUACCUGAAAGAAACUUCACCUUUUGGGAAUGGUUUUAUGCUGUUAUGAAGUUGACUAGGGAACAUCUUAGGGGUCCAUGGAUCGAUCGUCACAUCCUUGGAUUUAUUCGCAAGAAACAAGCGGAAGAAAUGUUGGCGAAUUGUGCGGUUGGCACUUUUUUGAUGCGUUAUUCCGACUCAGAACUCGGCGGUAUUACUAUCGCCUGGGUUGGAGAUCAAGCGACAGCAGAACACGUCUUCAUGCUGCAACCAUUUACUAGCAAAGAUUUUGCUAUUCGAAGCUUGGCUGAUCGUCUUGCCGAUAUGCAACAUUUGCAAUAUCUUUAUCCAGAUAUUAGUAAAGAUACUGCUUUCGGCAAAUAUUAUACCCCAUUUACUGAUAAUCAAAAUCAAACAUCGAAUGGGUACGUCAAGCCAUAUUUAGUAACACACGUGCCAGGUUGGGCUCUGCCUAACAUUGGUGGUCAAACACCAUCACAUUCGUCCGUAACAGGUAUAAGUAACAGCGGACAGAGCGGCCCGGGUGGAAGUUACCCCGCCACACCACAGACCGUAUUUCCACCACAUAGUCCACCAGAUCCGUCUACUCGGGACACACCGUCUGUAGCAUCAAGCUACGCUCCGGGUCUCGGCCAGUCAGGUGUUGGACAGCCAACGGACAUGGACUACAUGGAGAUGAUAGGUAACAACGAGUUGCCGUCGAUCGACGAAAAUCUCAACUUGGAUCACUUGAACAACUUCAGCUUCGACUUCAUGCAGUCAUACAACCAGUCUACCAAGCAAUAGAAGGUAUGCCGACGAGAUGCAUCGUCGUUCUUGAGACGACACAUCCGUGAUACAGGCGGGUUUAAUUCCCGAUUUUUCUCCGAUCUCUAUUUAUCAGUCAUAUACCAGAGCGCACCAGAGAUAGCCGAAAUGUAUCGCGAAUUGUUAACAGGGGAGGGACUUUAACGUAUCCUAGAAUGAUACAUAAUUACAUUUCUUUUUUCUCUCUCUCCUCUUUUAUAAGACAACCGUUCAUAGCCAGUGUUUUGUAGUUACGAAUUGGCUUUCUUAUAUUUUAGAAUAUUGUAGAAAGAUAAAGUUGUUAUCACUUUUAUCCAAUAUGAUAUAUAUGUAAUAUAUCUCUGUUGAUCUUGUUCUCUCCUAUUCAAGUCGCACAUGAGCGAUACAUUCGAGAGUUCUUGUGUAAAUCAUGUUAUGCGACUUACAAAGAUAUAAGGUAUUUAUUUAAUGAAUUGAUUUUUUGUUACAAUAAAAAUCAUAAUUUUUUUUUUUCAUUACUAUGAUUUUCUGAAAACAAACGAUUUUUGGAUUCGGUGUUUCCAAAUUUACAUUUAUCAAUUCUUCUAGUGAGUAAUCAAAAAUUGUUUUUUUUUGUAUUCGCUCCUGUUGACAGUUUCAUUAAUUUUAUCGAAUUUUCUUUUUAAGCUCGUAUGUAUCAUUCUUUUUUGUAACGUUCACCGAUAUAGCUUAAGUUCUUACAAUGUAAAAGAGACUUAGUACAAAGAUUUAUAUAUUAUCGUCUAUGACAUGUGAAGUGCUAAGAGAGCAUAUGUAAUUACAAAUAGAAUUAUAUGUCGCUUGUGAAUAGCAGAUUAAACUGACAUCUAUAGUUUAAACAGAUAUCUAUAAUAUCAGAUAUCUAAUAUAUAUUACAUACGUAGUAUUACAUAUAGAGAUUGAUACAACAAUUAUUUUUGUUAAACAUUUAGAUCGUUUUAUAGGAAACAUUUUAACAAAAUACUAUAAAUGUUAUCUUUACCUUUUCUUUUUAUAAUAUAAUUCGCAUAUCAUGGUUAUAAAUUGGUUUUUUACAUCUUUAGAUUAUAGAAAAAUAAAAUUCCUCUUGUGACCUAAUUCAAAUUUAAGAUUAUUAGAUGACGAUAUAAAAAUUAGAGAUUUAUGGAAAAGAAAUUUUUAGAGUGUAUCCAUAUGAACAAUCAUCUUCGCGAUCACCUAGUCAAAUUGCCAUUGUAUGUAUUUUGGAUUUUGAAAAAAAACAGCCAUGGAAAA